AUGACUCGCGGUCGCAGAAAGGACAUGACCAUCCCGCCCUCACGCGCCCUUCUCCAGCAGCGCGACUACCGUGCCCGCAAAGCCCAGUAUCUCGCCGAUCUCGAGUUCCGUGUCAAGAAGGCUGAAGAGGAGAACGUCCUCCUCCACAAAGAGGUCGAUGCCCUCCAUGCCAAAUUGAAGUCCGCUUCGACUCAGGCCCCCUCCCCAUUUGGCCCGGAAGUGGCCGCAGCGUCCUCGGAUCUCAUGCACCACCUCACUGUAGCUGCUGCGUCCGUCACACGCUUCCAGCAACUCGCAUUCUACCCCGCAGGCGCGGGCGCGGGCGGACCUGCACCACAUGUCAACCGCACGCCCAUCACCCUUGCGACCCCCAACUACAACCCUUCGCCAGUCGCGCCUCCAAUCACACAUCCCCGCGCACAGUCGUCGUCCGUCUCGCCGCGCAUCGAGCUCCCGCCGCUUUCCCUCUCGCCGCCGUCAAGCUCGGGGCGCCGCCCCUCUUCUGAGUUCGAGCUCGGUCGGCGGCCCUCGAUAGUCCUCGAGCGUGACCGUGAACGCGCAUACCGCGAACCCCUGCCCUCGGUGUACCCUCACCGCUCGAUGCCAGCGUCGGUGAUGGGCCCCGCGCCACACAGCGCCCGCUAUCCAAACCUGGACCCGCGCGAUCCGGACUGCUGCGACGGGUAUGUCGACUGCCGCACGCUCACGCAAGACGAAGACGAAGAGGAUGACGACGAAGAUGAGCUCAUGGACGAGGACGAGGCACCACCACCGUCGCGCGCGCGCUUCGCACAGCGCACGAGCGACGUCCGCUCGACAGCGUCCUCCGCGUCGGGCCCCGAAGACGGCCCAUCGCCACACUCGUCGCGUUUGCGGCAGUCACCUCCACAUGUACUGUCGCGCCCGCCCCCCGAGGGCCAGCGGUGA